GGGAAAAGAAACGGUGUUCAGCGCGACGCCUAGACAGCCUUGCAUCCGUUCGACGGCGCGUGGACAUACUUUCUCAGCAACACCAGCGACGACAGCGCCAUCGAGGCGUGGGGGUGUGAUGCGAGCAGCGGCCCGGGGCGGAAGCGUCGCUCGCUUGCUGGACGAAUGGCAAUAUAAACAAGAGGAGCGGCUGCUGCCACGGUCGCCCCUCCCCACUGCGAGUGCAACAGAAGACUGUGGAUAGUCGGUCAUCUAGAUGGCUGUGCCAGCAUUCAGGAGCCAGCAGCAGCAGCCAUCGCUGAAGCGGAAGAGCAAUGCCGUGGCCGACGUUGGACCUAAUGGCAAGCGUGCAGGCAAGGCAAGAGCGAGCGAUGGCUCAAAUGGACGCGCAGAGCAGCCCAAUCGGAAGCCGUCAGAGGCUCCCCCACACCCCUCCUCGCUGCUGAACCUCGACACCAUCUCACCGCUGCACCAGCGCAUCAUCAUCGCGCUCGACAUCGACGCGUUCUAUGUCUCCGCGUCGCGCCUGCGAGACCCAGCGCUGCACGGCCUGCCGAUUGGCAUCAAGCAAAAGGGCAUCCUUGCGACCGUCAGCUACGAGGGCAGGGCCAAGGGCGUGCGCAAGCUCGCGUCAAUCCGCGAGGCACUUGGGCUCUGCCCCGAGCUCGUGCUCGUCAACGGGGAAGACCUCAGCUGGUUCCGCAAGCUCAGCAGCGCCAUCUUCACGCUCGUCAGGCGCGUGGUGUGGGGCGGAAAAGUGGAGAAACUCGGCAUGGACGAGCUGUUCUGCGAUGUGACCGACAUGGUUGACGCCCACCUGGUGCAGCGCAUGGCCGAACAAACAGCAAGUGGCAGCAGUGGGACAUCCGUCUCUUUCUUCGACCUCCGCCAACCUUCUCAUUCUUCACGGACCCCUUCAUUAGCUGGCGAUGUCUCCGGCACAGACGUUGACUCGCACAACGGCUUCUGGUACGUUGCCGAACCUGAUCGCGUACCCGGGCACGUCCUACCCUCGCCAGCCUCAAACAGCCGCCAAGGGCUGGGCUUAUCGAGCGCGCUGCAACAAGCGGAAGACCUGUACGCCACACGUCUGCGCAUCGGCACACACCUCGCGCUGCACCUACGCGACAUGAUCGAACGCGAGGUGGGCCUGACGCUGAGCGCGGGCGUGGCGCACUGCAAGAUGGCAGCCAAAAUGGUCGGGGCGAUCAACAAGCCCAACAAGCAGACGCUGUGGCUCCCUGUCGCACCAGCUGCUCAAAGCGCGGCCGCAGGCCGUGGGCUCGGCAGAAGGGAUGAGGUGGAGAGGGAGGCAGAAGCGCGCGACGCGCUUCUACGAGCUUUCCUUGAUCCUCUCGAUAUCCGCAAAGUCAACAGCUUUGGCUCGGCGAUCGUACAGACGCUCGAAGAUGACAUAGCAGGCAAGAAGCGCGUUAACCCCAAUGUGGCUGUGCGCGACAGCGGUACUGUGCGACAGGCAGAACAACGCGUGGAGGGCCAGCGCCCGUGGGACGCUCCAUCAGACGAGCGGCCCCUGACCGUUUCGCUUGUUUGCUCAUACUUUGACGCCGCCAGCUUCGAUGUACUGUUCGGCGAGCGCCUUGGUCAGCGCCUCUGGGCGCUUCUGCAGGGAAGGGACGACGAGCCCGUCGUACCCGCUCCGGAGUUCCCUGCGCAGAUCGGCGUCGAGGAUACGUUUCCGCGCGGAGGCAUCGCCGGCGAUGAGGUUGUCCGCCAGGUGCAGACGCUUGCACUGAGCUUGCUCCGACGGCUCGAAGUGGAGCUGCUGGAGGACGAAGAGGAGGUGGAGGAGGACCACAAAAGUGGCAUCGCGGGCAUUAAGCGGCUAAAGGAGCAGAGGUUCAUAUGCAAGAGCGAAGUCAUACAUGAACAGGGUUUCAAUGGCAUCGUCAAGACGUACCACGAGAUAGAAGACGAAGAGGAAGAGGAGACGGAAAAGGAGACAGAAGAGGCAACGAAGGUCUCACACAUCAAGCCGAAGGUCAAGUGGAAGCGCUACCCGACGAAUCUACGUCUCAGCAUACGCCAAGGUUGGAAAAACAGGACGAGUAAGCAAGGCAAAGUGCCCGUCGGCAUCUUUGACCGCAGCAUCAGCGAUAGCCCAUGUGAAAAGAGUGCGAAGGCCCGUAGCCGUCAAGAGCGGGCGCAGCUGAUCGCGCAAACAUGCAUGGCCAUGUUUCGAGCGAUGGUCGCGAAUGGCACCAUCAGCACCAGCAAUGGCGCACGCGGCACCGCUAGCGCAGCCGCGGUAGCCACUAGGCUAGGCGGAGACGUAAAUUCGAUCAACCUGAUCAACAUCACCGCUUUCGACCUCUCGAAACGCAAGCCUAGUCGAUCAAUCGGCACCCUGCUCGGCGCAAGUGGCGCUAAGAAUCGCACGCGUCCGAACGCCUCGGCAUCAAGUGCAGCUUCGGUGGCAAAAGAUACCGUGGGAGAGGGUACGCUUGACGACAAGGCUGUCGUUGAUGUGCAUGUCUUCUUGCGGCUUCCACCGGAUCUGCAGGCCGAGAUCAUGCAGAGCACCUCGCUGGAUGGUGCGCAACGUGCAGCUUUGCGCAAGGCCAUCUCUCAACCAGUUGCCGAGAGUUCCGCUGCUGCAGCAAGUCUCGGUCACGGGCCCGGGGCCGAGCAAAUACAACUGGCAUCACAUUCGGCAUCGUUCGUGGAGCCUUUAGCACCUUUUCAGACUCGGAAAGCUCCAGCAACCGGAUCAUCGGCUACGAUAGUGUGUCCAACAUGUGGCAUGGAAAUGCUCGUCUUCAUGCAGCAUGACCAUGAUCGAUGGCCGGCAACCGGCUUAGACUUGGAUCCGCUUCCAGGCCUGGACGGCGCGCCAGGGCUAGAUGCAGGCGGCGCCGCACCUUUCGAUGCAGCAUCAGUUGGUCCUGGUGAGGAGAGCCAGCUCGAUUUGCACUUUCUAGACGGAGCCGAAGGCAAUGGUUAUUGGUGAUUGCUCUCUUCCAUCUAAGCAGCGGCUGUCAGAGGCGAGGUGCAAGGAGUACGGUAGUUGUAGGCGUGGUGCCUCUCUUCGCGAAGGCCGCUGCUCAGAGGAGUGUAAUCUAACCCGACAUGGCCUGAGAAAAGCAGAUCGGCACAAGUAUGUAGCAUAAAAGCCCAUUUUCGCAUCACUUGCGAUUACCAUUAGUGAU